AUGUUCAUGAAUGUCAUUCUAGUUGCAAAUACCUCCUUACGUUUGUGCGUUCCAAGUGCAUUAGGUAGAUACAUUUUGGACGGUCCCCUCAUAGUUAACGAGCACAUAACUUGGAUUAAAAAGAGGAAGUCCAAAGCGUUUAUUCUCAAAAUCGACUUCGAGAAGGCAUAUGACAAUGUGAAUUGGAAAUUCGUGGUUAACAUCCUCCUCCAAAUGGGUUUCCCCAUUAAGUGGUGCAAUUGGAUUAUGGGCAUCCUUAAGUCGGCUAGCUCCUCCGUGUUGGUCAAUGGGGCUCCGACUUUCACUUUCAAAUGUGAAAAAGGCAUGAGACAAGGGGACCCGCUUUCUCCAUUCCUUUUCUUGGUAGUGAUGGAGGCUCUUUCUUGCAUGAUUAAUAGUGCUAAGGAGGUGGAGGUCAUUAGAGGUAUCGUUGUCUCUGACAAUGGGCCGAUUAUUUCCCAUCUCUGGUACGCGGACGAUGCCAUUAUGGUGGGAGAAUGGUCUAAAAACGAAGUUGUGAAUAUUGUUAGAAUUCUCCGUGUCUUACAUUUAUGUUCGGGCCUCAAAAUCAACAUUGACAAAUCUAACCUUUAUGGUAUUGGAGUCGGGUCGGGUCGGCGGAGAUAG